CUUGUGAACGUUUUGAAAGCAGAGCGGUCUUCAUUGGAAGGAUGACGAUGAUGAUGAUGGAGAUGCCGCUGGGGCUGUACAGUCCAUUGUCAAGCGGAGAUUUUGCAGUCAUUUGAAUGCACUUAUUUUUUUUCCGUCGGUAAGAGGUUCAGGACUGGACGACGAAGACGUCCGACCCCCCUCGCCUCGCCCUCCUCCUCCUUCCUCCCGUGAGCUCCGGAGUUCUCCUCUCCGCUCCCUCAGUCUCCGAACUGACCGCGCGGUUGCCAGGAGCGACGCGCCAGCGAUAGUACAGAGCGACGCGAGCUCCUCCCGCCAUUUCCUAGUCGCGAGCCCUGGUAUGUCGAGCGGAGGCGCGGGUCCCUCCUCGCGGAAGGAGUUCGACGUGAAGCAGAUUCUCCGGAUCCGAUGGAGGUGGUUCGGUCACCCCGCGGUUCCUCCGCCUCACUCGCCGCCGCCACUUGGAGACUACUUCGCCGGGAGGAGACCAGGUGGCAACUCUGUAGACGGACCCUCAGUUAGCGGCUGUGGCAACUUGAAUUCCCCGAGUGGCAGCAGCUGUGUGGCGGCUAGCGCCAGCGGCGGGUCGAACCUGUGUAGCAGCAGCGGAAGAAAGUUUGUUGAUCCGGCUGGGGGUCGGGGUGGUCCAGGCAGAACUGGAGCGCCGGUGAGCUGCCCCCGCUCUGUCAGCUCACCGGAGUGCAGGAGUUCUGUCGCGUCCUUGUCUUGGCUUUCCCCUCCGUCGCACCGUCGCUCACGUCUGAACAUGGAGCCCCCGGGAGAGGGCCCUGUCGCCCAGGAGCCCCAGCUCCACCCCGAGGAUGGAGAGGAGCUGGUAGCAGCUGGAGCUCCGGGCACAGAGGAGAACAACAAUAACCCCGUGGACACUGACUCCAGCUCCUGCAGGACAUCCAACAGCAGUGCCACACUUUCCUCGUGUGUGUCCAUGGAGCCGUGUGCAUGUCCAGAGGAGAGCAUGUACACCGCGAUGUCUCACGCUGACGUCACCUUCCGUAAGAUGGAGGGUUACCUGAGAACUCGGCAGCUAUGUGACGUCACUUUGGUGGCUGGAGAGAGGCGAAUACCUGCACACAGACUCAUCCUUUCUUCUGUGUCCGACUACUUUGCCGCCAUGUUCACGAGUGAUGUGCGAGAGGCAAAGCAGGAUGAGGUGAAGAUGGAGGGCAUUGAUCCUGAUGCAUUAUGGGUCUUGGUGCAGUAUGCAUACACAGGCCGCCUGGAAUUGAGAGAAGACACUAUUGAGUCUCUGCUGUCUGCAUCGUGUCUGCUGCAGUUGUCCUCUGUAGUCUCUGCCUGCUGUUCCUUCCUCAUGAAGCAGCUUCACCCCUCCAACUGUCUUGGCAUCAGCUCCUAUGCAGACGCUCAAGGCUGCAAUGACCUGCAGAGAGCGGCCCAUUCCUAUACAAUGGAACAUUUCCUGGAGGUGGUGGCAGGCCAAGAGUUCCUGCUCCUGCCCCUGGAAGAGGUCGAGAAGCUGCUCACUUCUGAUGACAUUAAUGUGCCAGAUGAGGAAACAGUGGUGACAUCUUUGUUAACAUGGGUUCAUCAUGACGCUGCCACUAGGCAGCGCCACCUGCCUUCACUCUUGGCUCACAUAAGAUUGCCGCUGUUGCAACCUCAGUUCUUGGCAGACCUGGAAUCCAAUCCCCUGCUACGGGACAGUGUGGAGUGCCAGCGACUGCUAAUGGAGGGAAUGAAAUAUCACCUGCUGCCCCAGCGUCAGCCGCUGCUGCAGAGCCCACGCACCCGUCCUCGCAAGGCAACUGUCGGAGUGAUGUUCGCAGUGGGAGGCAUGGAUGCUUCGAAAGGCGCCACCAGCAUAGAGCAGUACUGUCUGCGGCAGGACACCUGGAAACAGGUGGCAACCAUGAGUGGACGUCGUCUGCAGUUUGGUGUAGCUGUCCUGGACGGUCGCCUGUAUGUGGUUGGGGGACGAGACGGGCUCAAGACACUCAACACUGUGGAGUGUUACAACCCUUUAAGCAAGACCUGGAGUGUGAUGCCCCCCAUGUCCACACACAGGCACGGCUUAGGUGUUGCCGUCCUUGAAGGACCCAUGUAUGCAGUUGGAGGCCAUGAUGGCUGGAGCUACCUCAGCACAGUCGAGCGAUGGGACCCUCAAGCUCGCCAGUGGAGUUUCGUUGCUAGUAUGGCAACACAGCGGAGCACUGUUGGCUUGGCUGUACUUAACAGCAAGCUGUAUGCAGUUGGAGGUCGUGACGGCUCAUCGUGUCUGCGCUCGGUGGAGUGUUUCGACCCUCACACCAACAGGUGGACCACUUGUGCUCCGAUGGCAAAGCGGCGAGGCGGUGUUGGCGUGGCGACGUGGCACGGCUUCCUGUACGCCAUUGGAGGCCAUGACGCACCGGCGUCAUCUCUGGCCUCGCGACUUAGUGACUGCGUGGAGAGAUACGACCCACAGACUGACGUGUGGACUGCAGUUGCCCCCAUGAGUGUCAGCAGAGACGCUGUCGGCGUUUGUCUCUUGGGUGACCGUCUCUUCGCUGUGGGGGGUUAUGACGGACAGGUGUAUCUCAAUACAGUGGAAGCUUAUGACCCUCAGACCAACGAGUGGACCCAGGUAGCACCUCUGUGUUUGGGUCGGGCUGGAGCAUGUGUGGUGACAGUCAAACUAUGAAACGUGACGCUCCACACAGCAAGGCGGAGGAGUGCGCCCUUCUCCCACCUCUGUCAUGUUCACACCAUUAAGCACAAAAUCUAUGUCAGCGCUGAGCUGAACAUGAACUGAAGCUGAGUUUGUCUCACUCAGGUGUGUCUCCUCAGCACAGCACAAUUGGUGAAAGGAAACCACAGAGGUGAUGUGGUUUUGGACCAUUCUGGAUGGGUUCUGUGCAGAGCUGAGCAGUUACAACAGCCAUGAUGAAGCAGAUUAUUUCAGCGGAACAGCUGCCUUGCACAAUUUUCCUCAGCAGACCAGGCGACAUUUUCACACGCACACACUACUACAUGCUUGUAUCUGAGCUGAUGCACCUUUGAUGCAUUCCACAUGAAGAUGUGCUGCAGUCGACUAGCGCGCUGCUUCACUUCACUUCUCCCUCCAACCUGCUGACAAACGCAAACUAAACUUGACAUAAUCAGCACAGGUUUUUAAAAGCAAGGAAAGCGAAUGCGUCUUAAUCUGAUGCAGUCAAAAGCGUGUUGUCAGUUACCUGCGAUAACUCGGUCGGUGUGUUGUGUUUGGGUACAUCACAGGUCCUGACAUACUCCCACUUGAGAGUUUGAAUUAAGCUAUAGUUGUAGAGGCAACAAGCUGCACAGCACAGUUCUCUUCAAUGGGAAAUCCAUUUGCUUAGUCAUUUAUUCAAUCCCACUAAAUUUGUCAGCUCUUUUAUUUACAGCUGCUGAGAGCUUAUUAGAUUAAUCUGUCUCAACCACUUGACAUCAGCCAGGCUGUACAUGAGAAUCAUUUAUGCAUUCAUUGGAAUAUUCCAACAGAAAUUACUGUUAUAUCUACUGACAUUAAUCUAAUGGAAUUUUGGAUGAUUUCUUAAUGUCAAUAUUAAAAAGUUAUUUGAAAUUCCUCCAUAAAGUAAUGAAAGGCAGCAGUACUUUUUAUGUGAAACUAUAAAGAUAGUGUAUGUAUCUGUCCUUUUUUUUUGUUUUACCAACAUUGAAUAUGUUUCAUCUAGACGUUCGCUGUUUGAAUCAGCUGUCAGUCUGGCCUGUCCACACACACUGAACGGAUUAUAAUGUAUGACACUAAUGGCAGUAACAUGCUAUUUGAAUGGUACUUGACGUGAAGUAUGAAAUUCACAAUGAUGUUUUAAAACUGUUGAUCCUCUUGGAGUUCUUCAGUCACCCCCUCACGUCGCCAAUAUUUUGUCAUGAGGGAGUGCAUGUGAGCGGAUAUGUGUUCACAGUAAUGCUGGAAUUCCACCUGAAUUGUUCCUCCUGCUGGUGCUUUCAUUUCAUUUUCUCUUUGAGCAGUACUGUGUUAACCUCGUGUGGGUUACACUUCAGAUUAUGGAACAUUAAAAGCCAUCUAAUCUAGUCUAUUUUUUAUCAUGAAUAAACUACUCAUUCAUUUGUGUAUAAGCAACAUACCAGCCUGUUAUCAUUAUACAGUACCAAUUUGCAUGCUGUUUAGCCCGACUAUAUUUUCCCUGAAAUGGUCACUGAAAGUUCACUCGAAACAACGGCAUAGUUACUGAUAAUUAACACUUAUCAUAGGUAAUUCGUUUAUCAGUAGUCAAUAUGUGUUCUGCAUUCUAAAGAGUUCCCAUUUUGUGUCUUCAGUUAUAAAGCAGAGCAGAUAUUUUAGGUGUGUUUACACAAUGUGUCCCAGCAACAGUGAUGAUAUUUAGACUCAAAUCAUGCCAUGGCAGAAUUCAGCCUCACUAGAAUAUGAAGCUCUUCACUUCUCACCUUGGUCACCUGUGUGACAUCCCACAAUUUGGACUUGACAAUUCAAUGUUGAGUGAAGUAUCAUGAAUCCAUUCUAUGUCACAUGACAGCAGCUUUUUCCUCUUCUCACGUGGGUCUACUCCAGGCACUCCAAUUUCCUCCCACAGUUCAAAAACAUACAGUGGUGGAUGAAUGAAUAAUAGUAAUAAUGAGUGAUUGCACUCAUUCAUUGCAGACAACUGUCCCUUUGUCACAUUUAUCAAUUUUAAGAUUUCAUUGUGUGGUUUUGAGGAUUAUUCUGCUCCAAACAUUCUAUUUCCUGCCUGUCUAAUAAAUUCCACCAUCUGUGACAGCGCAACCAGGCAUGACUGAAUGAACGUCUCCCAGAUUAAAUCGAGUCUGUUCCAAAAGGAGUCAUAAGAAUCUCUCAGUUACGGCGCUUGUUUUUCUUCCACGCCUUAUUCUGGGGACACCUCAUCCUCAAAUGUAGAUGAAAAUGUUGGAUUCAAGGCAGCCAAGGAAGUGCGAGCGCAGGAAGCUGCGAGGCAAAGCAGGAUUCCUGUCUGGACUGACACAUCUGAACCUCUUGUUGCCCCAGGAGGCACUUCACAUGGACAGGCUGCACACACACACACACACACCGAGGCACAUACACAUGCUUGGAAACACAGCUGAAAGCCAACUACUCCAGGGACCAUUGAAGAUUGAAAACGGCUGCCAGAUUUGCCAGCGUGACAUCUUAGAAGCAGAGACGGGCAAUAUAGAUUCCUCACAGCUGACAUGGUAUUUGGAGGAGACAGAUGCUGUUAUAAUCAUAUUUCUGUCUGAUUUAAACCUGCCGGCUGCUGAGUCCUUCUGUUAGGAUCAGGGAGAAUUGUGUUACCUCUCUGUGUGUUCACUUUUUUAUUACAUUGUGUGUACAUAUUGUACAUUAAUAUGAAUCAUUAGUGCUCUUAUCACAAAGUGCUGUACAUUAUACUUUUGCCACAUCAUGUGUAUUUGUAUCAUGAAUGGAUUAAGUGUUAUCGCGAGUGCGGUUGCUCUUUUAUGGCAGAAGCAAGUGUCGCUGAAAUGAUGGAUGUAUAUAUAUGGUGCUGUAAUAUGCUGUUAGUGGCAUU